AUGGGGAAGAACAGCUGGUCUUUGCUUAGCCGCCUGAGAACAGCCGUGAAGAAGGUGAAAAUAUUGCUGAACUUGAACUUAAAUCGGUGGCGAAUCGCUUCGAUGAUUGGCGCUUCUUCAAGCAACCGUUUUUUCAGCUUUAACGAUCGGCCAGGCUUGAAGGCAGCCACCGAAGAAGAUAUGGAGUCGACAUGGGACGAGUCGAGCUCGGUUUCGAGAUCAGGGUCGUCGCUUCACAGGACGAUAAGUUGGCCUUCUGAACAAGAUGACAUUGAUAAGAGAGCUGAGAUGUUUAUUGCUAAUUUCCAUAAACAACUUCAGAUUGAGAGGCAAAUCUCUUUGGAGCUUCGUUACUGUAGAGGAAACAGCUCUGGAUCUACUGUUUCUCCCUGA